GGUGAGGUCGGUCUCUGUGAGUGACAAUACUUCGUGUUUAGCGGAAUUUCUCUCAUAUUUAGAAGAGGAGGUGAAACUGUCGCGGACACAUCAGUCUGUCCUCAGAGCUGUGUGUAGGUACAAACAUGGUGUCCUGUGGUCUGCUAACUGUCCAGAAGGAACCAGUUCCUCUGAAGAGCAUUGAGGUGGAGCUGGAGGUGAGGGACCAUGUGGCUACAGUGGUCUCCACUCUGAACUACGAGAACAAGGAGGACAAACCAUUAGAGGCUGUUUUUGUCUUCCCUCUGCCUGGAGAUGCUGCUGUCUGUCAUUUCAGUGCUAAGAUUGGACAGACACAGAUUGUAGCUGAGGUGAAGGAGAAACAGGAGGCUCGUGAGGAGUAUGAUGAUGCUCUGAGCUCUGGUCAGCAGGCCUUCCUAUUGGAGGAGAGUGAGCAGAGUCCAGAUAUAUUCUCUCUGAGUGUGGGCAGUCUGCCUCCAGGAGAGAGCGCCUCCAUCAGGUUGGAGUACGUCACUGAGCUGGCUGUGCAGGCUGAUGAUGGGCUGAGGUUCUGCCUGCCUGCUGUGCUCAACCCUCGAUACCAACCUCAGGGUAGUGAAGGUGUCCAGGUGAUUUCUGUUCCAGCCUUUCUGGUGCCCUACAGUCUGUCUUUCUCUGCCCGAGUGUCCUCUCCUCGUCCAGUCUCUAAAGCAGAGUCCAACUGUUCCCUGGACCCUCUCCAGUACCUCAGCACUGAUCAAACCCAGGCCACGGUCAAGUUGGCUGCAGGACACAGGUUUGACAGAGAUGUUGAACUGCUGAUUUAUUACAAAGAUGCCCACCAGCCCACUGCUGUGGUGGAGGCAGGACAGGCCUCUGCUGAGGCAGGCACUCUGAUGGGUGAUCCAGUGGUGAUGGUGAGUCUGUACCCUGAGUUCCCCCAGUCUGUGAUGUCUUCAUUGGCUUCAUGUGGAGAGUUUGUGUUCCUAAUGGAUCGAUCUGGAAGUAUGAGUAAUACUCGCAUCCGCAGUGCCAGGGAUACUCUGCUGCUCCUGUUGAAGAGUUUACCAAUGGGCUGCUAUUUCAACAUUUACAGUUUUGGGUCCAGAUAUGAACACAUCUUCCCUAAGAGUGUGGAGUAUAGUGAGAAGACCAUGGAGGAGGCUCUGAAGAAAGUUGAGCAGAUGGAGGCUGAUCUGGGAGGAACGGUGAUCCUGCAGCCCCUCAAACAUAUUUACAGCCAGCCCUGCAUUCCCAAUCAGCCUAGACAGCUGUUUGUCUUUACUGAUGGAGAGGUGUGGAACACCAAAGAAGUGAUAGAUCUGGUGAAGGAGAAUUCAGGUUCUCACAGGUGUUUCUCUUUUGGGAUUGGGGAAGGGGCCAGCUCUGCUCUCAUCAAUGGGAUGGCCAAGGAAGGAGGAGGUCACGCUCAGUUCAUCACAGGGACUGACAGGAUGCAACCAAAAGUGAUGCAGUCGCUGCGAUUUGCUCUGCAGCCAAUUGUGGAGGGUGUUUCAGUCACAUGGGAUUUACCAAAGGAAGUGUCUGUCACUGUCCUCUCUCCACCAAUCACAGCAGUUUUCCAGGGUCAAAGGUCACUGAUUUAUGCUCAGCUCACUGGACAGAGCUCAGAGGCAGCAGAGGGCUGUGUGACAGUGAAGUACAGCCUGGCAGGUCAUCCCUCUGAGAACCAGCUGCACUUCAGUCUCAGACCUGCAGCAGACACUGGAUUAACAGUCCACAGGUUAGCUGCUCGCACUCUUAUUCGCUCGCUAGAGAUGGAAGAGGGAGACAGCAGGCGAGAGAAUGAUGGAGGAGUGAAGGAGAAGGUGGUGCAGCUGAGUGUCCAAUCAGGAGUGAGCAGUUCUUUCACCGCCUUCAUUGCUGUCAACAAAGACAAAAACGAGGCGAUCCAAGGACCUCUUCUGCACCGAGAUAUUCCAGUACCCAUGGAUGGUGCUGUCCAUUGUUGUCUGAGUUCUGUAGGCAUGUCUUAUGAAGAUGAAGACUAUUCAAGCAACGAUGAUAUGGGUUUUGCCUUAUUUGAAACAUGUGAGGACUUCAGAGGGGAAUGCACUGAUACAGUGCUGAUGAAUAAAACUGCUGAGCAGCCACCCAGAGACCCUUUGCUGCAGUUAGUCUCCCUCCAGAAAGCAUCUGGCUGCUGGCUGCUGGAUCCAGCUCUGGCUGCUGCACUGGGAAAGAGCAGCGAGGAGGUGGAAAAGUCAAAGCCUGCAAAGGCCAACAGUGAAGUGUGGGCCACCAUUCUGGCUCUGAUCUGGCUUCAUGGCUUAAAGAUGGAUGCAAAGGAUGAGUGGGAGCUUCUGGCUAUGAAGGCUGCCUCAUGGCUCCGUGCUCAGAAAGCACGGUGUGUGACAGAGUGUGUGGAAGCUGGAAAUGCCCUGUUGGGUUGCAGCAUGAAAAAAGAAGCUCUGGGGCUCUGAGGGAUUUCUUAAAGUGGCUUCACCUUCAGGACUGAUGAACAGAAGCAGAUCUACUCUCACCAUACUGCCUUUGAUUCAGUGCUGUUUUGUGUA